AUGCUCUUUUGCCGAUCUUUCAAUCUGUACGCAAUCUUAGCACUGUGUUUCUUUUUCCACAUCGGAGAGCGUUCAGCAGCCUAUACAUGUAGCGGUGAACCAAGCGGCGGUGAAUAUGCCUCUCAUAAUGCUACCAAGUCAAUGACUGACAUUGCUAGGCAGCUCCAGGCAGCACAACAGUGGUAUGAAGCAAUGAUGAGGCAAGAAAAGAAGCAGUCAGGCGUACGAUAA